AUGAGGGUUAUUAAGAAAAAGGCUUGGUGGCCUUAUUUGAGACGAUGGAAUUCAAGCGUUACAACUUGCGAAGCUGAUAUAUUUGAAGGUUCUUCAUAUUUUGAAAAGUUUAAAACAUACUCAGAAAAUUUAAUUGAGUGUAUAGAAAAAUAUAAAAAGGAUAAAGUGAUUUCCUUCAAAAAUUAUAUAAACUAUAAAAAAGAAAUAAAAGAUGUGGUUCAUUUUUUAUUCAAAGAAGAAUCAUUAAAAAGGUUAAAUACAAAUAAUUUAUUAAGUAUCUUUACAUAUAGUGUUUUAUUAUGUAAUAGGAUAUCUUUUCCACACAAUGAAAAAAAAAAUUUAUUACUUUUAUAUAUUGAUCAUAAUAUUGAUAAGAAAGAGAAACUUGUAAAUAAUAAUCAUAAUGAUAAUUAUACAGAUGAUAAUACAUAUGAUCAAAAAGAAAAAGCAAAAGAAAAAGCAAAAGAAAAAGAAAAAGCAAAAGAAAAAGAAAAAGCAAAAGAAUUAUUAUUAAUUUUAAAAUAUAUAUUCCAUUUAAAUGUAGAUUACGAUAAAUAUAUCUUUAAUCAUAUAUAUCAAGAAUUAAAUAAUUAUAUAGAUUUAUAUUCUUUGGAAGAAUUAAAUGUAUGUGUAAAAUUGUUAUCUAAUAUUAAAAAUAAAAAAUGGAUAAAUCAUAAAAUUUUUACUAGAUGCAUAAACGAAAUAAUCAAUAAAUAUAAAGAUAUAAUAAUUACAAAUCAACAUAUAAAUAAUAUUCAUAAUAAUGUAAUUAUUAAUAUUAUAAAAGCAUGUUCACGUCUUAAUUACGAAAUUAAUGAUAUACAAAUUUUGUUAGACAAUUUUAAAAAUAUAUAUCAACAAAAAACAGAAAAUUAUGAUAAUCAAAAUAAUCAAAUUAAUGAUAAUAAUAAUGAUAACCAAGUGAAUAAUGAAAAUAUACAUAUGUUAAUAAAAAUUAUUUAUAAUUUAUUCUUAUGUAAUUAUCAUAAUUAUAAACAUAUGAACCAAUUAUUAUAUUUAUUAAAAAUAUAUCUAUGUCCUAAUGAAGCACAAAAAGAAUAUCCAAUAUAUCAUAAAUAUAAUUAUAAUAAUAAUAUUAUAUUAGAUAAUAAUAUAAAUUAUAAUAAUGAACAACAAAAACAUAAUAUCUCUUCAAAUUAUAUAUCUAAUGAUAAUAUUAAUAAUAUAAAUCAACUCUAUUUUUAUAAACAACAAAAUAAAUAUAAAAAUAUUAUAUCUCGUGCAGAUACAAUCAGCUAUAUUAAUAUAUAUCGUCUUAAAUAUAUAUAUUUAUUAAUUACUUCUGAUAAUUAUCUAUUUAACAAUUUUUAUACAUCCAAUGCAAACUUUUUCGAUGUAAUAAGGGAUAUCCACAUAAAAGAUAUAAAAAUCAAGGAAACCAUAUUCAGCAAGCACGUGAAAUUUUUUCUUAAGGAAAGCGGGUUAAAAAUAUCACACAACAUCGUUCAUAUAUAUCCAAUCGUUAAACUAACUAACUACAAGAAUACCUGCGUAGAACUCAUCCACAAUAUUUCUAUUAACAAAAAAAUGAAGGACAGUCCAAAUAAGUUACAUAAAAUUUAUAUUAACCAUAAAAUAAAACAUCUUCAAUUUCUUGGAUGGAAUGUUAUCAUCUUAUAUGAGUAUGAAUGGAAGGCGCUAAGGAAUUUUGAUGAAAAAUUGGAAUACAUAAAAAAAAAAUUUAAAAGCGUAAAAGAACAUGAACAGCGUGAAUUUAUGAAAUGA